UAUUUUAAAAAUGUUAAAAAAUUGUAUUUUAACCGCUCAAUAUAAUAAUUUUUUGCCUAAAAUUUGUGGAGAAAUAAUAUGUCAAAGUGAAACAACUUUUAGCAUAAUAUGUAAUUUUUGUCAAAUAAAAAUAUUUGAAUUUAAUGAAUUCGUGGAACAUUUUCGUACUAUACACUGGCCAGAAAUUAAUGGAACACAUAAUAAAUACAAUACUCAUUUACACAAUGUACAUCCAGAGGUAAAUGAACAGGCAAAAGAUUUUCAUAUUGAGGACGAGUCGAUGCAAGGUAGUGAAGAUGACUGGAGGCCGGAGUUGGAAAUGCAGCAAAAUAUAAGUAAUAGUGGAUUUUCUAAUCAAGAGGAAGACAAUUGCAGUGAUAGAGAAGAAUCCAUAGGAAUAUUAAAGAUGGUAAUAGUAGAAGAUGAUUGGGAAUAAUUAAAACUACAAAUAACAAUUGGUUGUAAUGCAGGAAUAUUUGCAGAAUGAAAAACCCAUUGUCAGAAAGUUUUUAAGAAAAGGAAUAACUUAGUUUCACAUAAAGAAACUCAUGUGAAAACAAAAAAUUUCAAAUGUACUUAUGAAAAUUGUGAGAAAGCAUACUCUGGCCAAAGGCAACUGCAACGUCAUAUGCGUUUAGUACACAUACGAGGUGCAUGUUUUGUUUGUGAUAUAUGUGACUCUAGGCAGCGAGAUAAAAUAGCUUUGGCCGACCAUAUGCGUUCGCAUACUGGUGAAAGACCCUUUGCUUGCAGUUUAUGUGCGCGACGCUUUAUGACGAAAUCGAGACUGGGCGAACAUAAAGCCUGUAAACAUGUGUGCGAGGUUUGCGGUAAAAAUUUUAAUCGUGCCAAGGCUUUGUAUCAUCAUAAACACUUGCAUUUGGAUGUAAAGAAAUUUGUGUGUAAACUUUGCGGUGCUGCUUAUGCCCAGUGUGCUGGAUUAUCGGCUCAUAUGCGUAAACAUAAAGAUCAACAAGUUAGUGGUGAUACAGAAAUAGCAACUAAUAGGACAAAUGAUUUAUUUAACGUAUUAUUUAAGGAUAUAAAAUAAAGUUGUUUUUUUUU